ACAACCAGGCAUGUAUAGUGGAAUUUUCUCAAAAAAUCAACUCCAAAUUCAUGUAACCGAGCUCCACAGAGGUGCCAUAAUGUGAACAAUAAAUGGACAGUUGACCUUACUAAGCGGUUCAACUAGUUGCAGACAAAAAAAAAAAGUUAAAAGCUGAAGGGAAAGGCAAAAUGAUUGCUGGUGGUGCCAAUGUAGAUGGAAAAUGGAGUGGAAAGAAAAUGGAAGGAGAUGAUGGUUUGAGAACAACGGAGUGUCUAAGAGGAAGACUGCUAGCGGAGAGAGCAGCUUCAAGGGCUGCCAAAGAGGAUGCAGAGCAAUUGGGAAACAAGCUUAUAGAGCUAGAGAACCAGUUGAGGCUAGAAACCAAAUCAAGAAACAGAGCAGAGAAGAGGCUAAAAUUUCUGAUCAAGAAGCUUGAGUCCCUAAACAUAUCAUACGUUUCAGAGGACUCAGAGCAUUCAAGCAUGGUAGAGAAGAGUGAUAUGUCCUCUGUAUCAUCAUCACCAUCAUCAUCAUCAUCAUCUCCCAAAACCAAGAUCACAAACACUCUGAAAUGUGACACUGAAGAAGAGUCUGUGGCGAAGAUGAAGUGCCCUGCAAUCUCUCAAGAUUUGGAAGACAAUGUUUCACAGAGUACUAGUACUGUUGUGUCUAAUCAAGGCCAUUGUAGUGCAAUUGAAGGCUCUUUGAGUUCUUCUACAGAGAGAGCUGAUUGUGAAGAACACAGUGAGCUUGGAUCGAUUCGAAACUACAAUGAUCUGAAGACAGAUGAUCAUAGUUCCUCUAGCUUAUCAAAGUUAGAAAAGGAGAAUAAUAGUGAAGAAAACAGUGAACAAGCACAAGAUGGUGAUGAAGUUGAUAACUCACUGGCAUUGGUACCAGCUGAAUUUCCCAAGGCAUCAUCACCACCAACUGAUCCACAUAUUGUGGAUGAAAGAGUUAAAGAUGUCCUUGAAGCUCUGAGGCAUGCUAGAGAAAAGCUUCAGUGGACAAUGGAGAGAAGACAUUUGAUUAGAGUUGGCUCCAAAUGAUACUACUAUAUGUGUUUUGGCUUUGAAUGAUAUAAAUGUCAACUUAGAUAACAUGAAGACAGAUUUAAUUUCAAUAUUUUUUGUUAAUAUUUUUGUUUUGCUUGAAAUGCAUUGGUGUGGAGAAUGGGCCCUUUGGGUAGCUAAUAAACAGAGUUGGUUGUGUACUGAUCA